AUGGCAGAACUCCGCGAGCGCAAGCCAGCGCCCAAGCAGGCCCAAGCACCACUCCGAGACGAACACGAAAAGUCCAAAUCCAAGCCUUAUGAAGAACCCGAUCUGCAACCAAAUGUCUUUGUCAUGAUUGGCAUGAUCGCGGCAUUCUUUGCAGCCCUCGGGGGACUGGUAUACUACAAAAUCGACAAUCGGGAACAUGGUCCGUUUGCGAACUGGGUCAACACGAAUUAUCCAAUCAUCGAUCGAGCCUUGAACAGACAAAUCGGAACUUCGAAGCCGUACUUUGGAGCAUCCGCGCAGUCGACGGCAGAUGUGGUGUUGAAAUUGACCGAGGAAGAGCUCAAGGCAUACGACGGAACUGAUCCGGAGAAGCCCAUCUAUCUCGGCAUCAACGGGAUCAUCUUUGAUGUGUCUGCCUCGCCUGCAUUCUACGGCCCGGGAGGUCACUACAACCACUUUGUCGGGCAGGAUGCUACCCGAGCGUGGGUGACGGAAUGUUGGGAUGAGCCGGAGCAGUUCACAUGGCGUAUGGAUGAUGUAGAGGUCAUGUUCAAGCCGAAGUGGUUGGACGAGCAGCUGGAGAAUGUCGGCCGUGGGAUAUACGAGGAUGGCCUCGAAGAUAUUGGUGGUAUGCCUGAGGGAAUGGUCACCGAGAUGGCCAAGAAGGCUAUGGAGCGGUUUGGAACCGUCACCGAUAAAGAGAAGGCGAAGAGGAGAAAGCAGGACAAGGAGGUAGCCCUGGCCAAGACGAAGGAAACUUUGGAUCACUGGGUCAAAUUCUUCUCGGACAACCCCAAGUACAAGCAGGUCGGUGAGGUGAUUAGGGAUGAUAGUCGUCCGGCUCCACCAAAGCCAUGCGCCGCGGCGAUGAAGAAGCGGCCAAUGAACGGCGGCAAGCUUGACGCUAUGACGGGCAACAUUGGGGGCAACAUGUUUGGUGCUGGCGGGGCGGCCGCUGGUGGACCUGUAGGCGGGCCUCCUUCUGAUGCGAAGGCAAAAGGGGAGAUGCCAGAGUCGGUGAAGAAGAUGCUUGCGGACAAAGCAAAGGACGCCAAAAAGAAGGCCGAAGGAGUCGCUGGUGACGUGAAGGAGAAAGCCAAAGGGGUGGCUGAGGAUGUGAAAGAGACUGCCGAAGAUGUGAAGGAGAAGGUUGGUCUGGGAGAGGAGGACCACGAUGAGCUGUAG